CCCUUCGAUUUACAACGCUCCUCCUACUCCUCGGCUCCCUAUCAUGCGCUAUUUUGGCAACGUGAGUACGCAUGGAGCUCCCAGCACCUCCAGUCUCCUUUACGCACCGGCUACGCGCGCACGGACCCUACAAUCGCCGCAUCCGCAGCUCCCGAACACUUCUGGUGGACUAAUAUGACAGAAGUGGAUCUAAAGGUGUGAUAGAGGUGAAGCUGAAGCACUCCUGUCUUUUUUUUUUCUUUUUUGGGCGGUGUGGGGGGCUUGUUUCCCCCCCGCUACCGCGCAGUCAGCGAUGGAUGUCUUGGCGAACCACAGCAUCUUUCAGGAACUUCAGCUGGUCCACGACACCGGCUACUUCUCCGCCAUGCCGUCGCUGGAGGAGAACUGGCAGCAGACCUGUUUGGAGUUGGAACGCUACCUGCAGACGGAGCCCAAGCGUCUGUCAGAGCUCUUUGAUCAAGACUUGGACGGUCUUCUCACUCCUGCUUACCUGAAGGAGGAUGGAGAUGAAGAAUUGGCGGACUCUCUGCUGCCAAGCCUGCCCGGCCUCGCUGAACCUCCAAGCCCCCUUCCGGCACACCUGUUCUCAAAACGGAAGAUCUCUCCCUCUGGCACGACCAGGGAACUUAAACCCAAAGGACAGGUGCACGAGAACGUAGAAGGGAUGGAGGGCGUCCACCAGGCUCAGUUGAGCGCAGUCACCUCCCUAACUCCGCCGUCGUCGCCAGAGUUAGGCCGGCACCUCGUCAAACCCAACCAGACGCUGACGGCCUCCGCCGACGGGACGCUCACUUUGAAGCUGGUCGCCAGGAAGGUGGGGCUCGGCACCGCCCGGCUGGUGGCGGGGCAUACGCUCCCAGUCCGGAUGAAGGAGGAAGAGGAUGGGGCCGCGUACGCAAUCGGGGUCGGAGAGCUACCAGAGAACAAAAAGAGAGUCCACCGCUGCCAGUUCAACGGCUGCAGAAAGGUGUACACCAAAAGCUCCCACCUAAAGGCCCAUCAGAGGACACACACAGGUGAGAAGCCAUACAAGUGCUCAUGGGAGGGCUGCGAGUGGCGAUUCGCAAGGAGCGACGAGCUGACGAGGCACUACCGCAAACACACAGGCGCCAAGCCUUUCAAGUGCAACCACUGCGACAGGUGCUUCUCGCGGUCGGAUCACUUGGCGCUGCACAUGAAGAGGCACAUUUGAGGCGUUCGGGGGAGGGACCGGAGGAACAGAGGAAGAGGACGGCGUGGAAUGGACGACAGACAGAAGGCGGAGUCAGAGCAAAACUAUUCGGAGACACGCUGAUCCGAAGUGGCUAUCCACCAAUCUCCAUCAUUUCCACGAUGAUGGCUUUGCAACCGUUCACUGUUGGCAUGGACGGUACAGACGCUACCUUUACGUGCGGAUUCUUUGUGGCGGCCCCUUCUGAAAAAGAUCGAGCACCAGUGCGAACUCUAAACCGGACCAGCUGUACAGUCAAUUUUAUCAACAAGGAGCUGUUUGAAGACUCAAGAUUUCUUCCUAUAAAGUUCUUAAGACGACAGUACAACUUAGACAAAUGGGAUUGCUCGUUUCAGACUUAACUUUAGCUCAUCUGCGGGUUUAUUUUCUGUCAUCCUGGAUCAAUGGUAAAAUAACAUCCCAUCAACUGACCUUUUUCGCAUCGGCCAAUUGGAUCCACUUACAAAUCCUUCUGGUUUGAUUACUUUGGAGCGUUUGUUUGAAUGGAGCUUUAGAAUGGAUUUCUGGAAGACUUGGGAGAAGGAACACACGGCAGAGACUGAUUGAGGUCAUCGAGGGGGCUAGCUUACUUUACGAUCAUCAUCUAUCGAGACUAAUUAACCGACUACGGGGAAGACUCCUGGAAUUGGUAAAAAGAAAGGCAGCUCUGAAAACUUUUUUUUUUUUUUAACCUCUGGUAUCUUAGCUAUUAUGAAUUGUCAAAAAAUGAAUGGUUGCACAAUUGCCUCUUUUGCAAAGGUUUUGUAAAAAUGUGCCGCUGUCUGAAAUACGGCACCGGAUUGUGGACGACCACACGCACAAAGACAAAGCAGCUAGUUUACUGCGAUAGCACACCAAACACAACCAAUAUCACUAACAAGAAGAAAAAAAAAAUAGUUGCUGUAUUUUGAAGAUUGACUUUGUUGGGGGGGGGGGGGGGGGGGGGGGGGAUGGAUGCAGCCAAAAAGAAAGAUAAGGGGUUGCCUGAAAAUGAUCUCUUUGGCCUUUUAGAGUGAUUGGCACCAAAUGAGCCGCUGGACUAAGAUGGUCCGACCCACGUCGCACAUCCAUGCCGAUCUCUUCCAACGUCUGACUUACUAUCCAGAAAGAAAACGGAAAAAAAAACACAUUUAAAAGUUUUCCGGUGUGGCCCGGUGAACUUUCCCGCUGACUUACGGAUUAACGCGUCCAUAUAUGGAAUCUGACCCUGCUGGAAGCACACGAGAAAGCACGUUCAAUCAAUUUGGGUCACCAGUGAAAAUUAGUAUGAAUGUACAUUCAUGGACACGUUGCCAGAUCCAUGAAAACACUAAAAAUGGUCAUUGAAAUCAUGCCAAACGCCAUUUGUGAUUUUACACAAGUAAGACAAAUGAUUGGAGUCUGCUCAGAAGCUGUGGGCUUUUGACAGUUUGUGGGUCCUGAAUGGACUAGCAUGAGAGAAGAUAUCCUAGUGGGUGGCUGAAAUGUUUUGGGAGGGGAGGACAGAUCUGCUCAGUCAGCAAUGAUAACUGCCCCAUCAGCUCAUGUAACUGCAGCACAGUGAAACCCACUCGCACAAAGAGCCACAUACAAACAAACCCGUCAGGAAAACUGGAGUUGACCUGACUUUUUGUUGGACAGAACAAAUAUCCAAUGCCACAUGGACAUUUAGGAUGAACAUCCAAGUGAACAAGUGUCAAAAAAAGGCAGCUUGGACAAGAACCGAUUGAUGGAUUUAUCUGUGAACAGCAACACAAGGUGUUUUUGUUUUAAAGCUAAAAAGCGGUCUGGUUUUAAGAUAUGAAGAUAACCGGUUUUUAUUUCAGAGGGAUGUUACUAUUUCAAUUUACUGUACAAAGAAAAUCCUAUCUACAGUCAAUUUGUCUACAACUCUACAAGAACCUCCUUUAUCAUGGACUGGUUUGCAUAAAUGAUACAUUUACUCCAUCAAAACCACACUGUUGCCAGAGUAAGAAAAAAAUUGCACCUUAAAGCUACGUACACCCUGGGUUUGCUACCUGAUACUAGCGCAUGUCCUCACAGUUGUAAGAGGCUUGGUGUAAAAUAUUGGAGCGGUGCAAAUGUCGUGAAUCUUGCUCCAGGCCCGAUUGAUACUUCCAUUGCUACCCAUUUGUCACUACUCAAUCAGAGUCCUUGAUUAGUCAACGUCCAUCUGGUAUAACCUGAAAACAGACUUAAAAACUUGUGUAGCGACACGUGAACGCAAGAGCUUUGAAUGGGGAAGACCGAAACACUCAUUUCCAUGGAAGGAGUCGCUCAAACACGUGUUUCCGAGCCCAGUGUGAACGUAGCAUUAGACAUAUUGGAACAUUGGGUCUUGCCAGGUUUGUUGGUAAGCACAAAAAUAUGCCAACCAUUAAAGCAUUGAAAACAUAAAAAAGCUUGACAGUAAAGAUUAUUUAACCCAACAAAACUGAUUCAAGGUUUAGACAGUGAUUGUACCCAAUUGUAGAUUAGGUCCUAUGAACAGGUGGUCAUGACAUCGUUUAAACAAAAAACGUUGUGUAAUGUCUUUUAUGACAUUACACAACUGGAUUCUUACGGCACUCAACAAUAGAAAUGCAUAAGCUUAACUAACUCAAAAUAACAAUAACAGUGAAAGACAUUAUUGAAGGAACCAAUACACUAUAUAACGUGAUUACUAUUGAAAAUACAUUUUUAAAAUGAUUUAAUGUUUUGUUUGUGAUUGUUUCCAACUGUAUUCCUGAAUCUAUUCUGGUUGGCUAGGUUCAGGAAUACAGUUGAAUCUAGCGAACACUAUUUGGUUUUAGGAAUAUAGUUAACUAGGUUCUGGUUGACUAUAUUCCUAAACCUAGCCAACCAGAACAGUCAUUCACGACUGGAUUCCUAAAACAUUUAACAAUAUAUAUUGCUUAGCAUAACAAACGUUGCUAAAUCAAUUCGAAGUCUGGAUAGUGAUUGUACCAACUACACUCUUAAACAUAUACAAUCAGAUUAGGUCCUAGAGACAUGUCCUUAUGACACUGUUUAACAUAAAACAGUCAAUUAUAACUCUACACAACUGGAUUACCAAGGAAUUUAACAAUAGAAAUUCAAAAACAACAAUAAAUUGGUUAGGAUUAGGACAGUGUAAGACACUAUUGAAAAACGUAUCAAUCUAUUUAACUUGAUUCCUGAAAAUAUUCAACCGAUUUAGGAUCGAAAAGACUUUUUACCCCUACGAUAAAGAUUCCAAAAAUAACAAAACCAAUUCAAGUUUUGGAUAGUGGUUGUACCUAACUACAUCUAAACCUUGCCAACCAGAUUAGGUUGGAUAGGGUUACCAUGGUAUUUAACGGUAGAAAUUCAUAAAACAAACUUGGUUAGGAUUAGGACAUUGAAAGACAACAUUUUCAACUCCAAUAAACCAGAUUCCUAAAUUUAAGACAUUUCCAAACUUGACGACAACCCAACAAAACCAAUUUGAGGUAUGGAUAGUUAUUGUUUGUAACAGGAAACGAAUUUUGGUUAACUCGUAUAACAUUCAACCACUUUACAAUAAAAAAGACAUUUUUACAUUGUUGAUGAAGAUUCCAAAACCUAACGAAAUCAAUUCAAGGUUUGGAUAGUGAUCUUACCCAACUGUGUUUCUAAACCUAGCCAAUCUGUUUAGGUCAUGUUCUUAUGACGUCACUUAACAAAAACAGUCUUUCUUAACUCCACAAAACUGGAUUACCCGGGGAGUUUAAUGAUAUAAUUUCAUAAGCAUAACUAACCAGGUUAGGAUUAGGACAGUGAAACACACUCACAAAGACAACAUUUCCAACUCCAAUAAACCAGAUAGUUGCAACCUAGUCGAUAAUCUAACAAAACUAAUCUAGGGCUUUGAUGGAGGCUCUAACCAACUGUAGUCCCAACCAGAUUAAGGUUACGUAAAGCUGUUAAUAACUCCCAACACUUCUAUGGCAAACCAGCUGGAUGCAAUCAAACAUCUUACUCUGGCGACUAGGUCUAUGAAACAUAAAUCCAAGUUGGCUUCUGUCUUUUUUUUUUUGUUGUUUGUUAUAGUUGUUAUGGUUGAAGCAUUUCAUCAACUGUUGAUUUACGGUCAGGAUGACAAACAUCGCUGAUGGCGAUCCAAGCUGUAAAAGAAGUAAUCAGCACAACAAACACCGGAGAUUGGCGUUACGGAUAGGCGUGCUGGACUGCUCUCCUUUUCCCCGCUUGGCCCGAUUCUCCACCUGGAAGGGAGACGAGACAGCAAGGAGCUUUUUAACUUGUGCGUGGAACAACCGCUUCCUCGAUGGCAGCUCUACAUGUGCAUUUCAGUAUUCGAUUGAGGCACUCUCCCGUCAAAACUAAACUGAUAUGAAUGUGUAAAAAACACAAAGCUUUUUUAGUGUUCGCCCCCCAUCUCCCCCAUGUUCCAUAUCAAUCAAGAACAGCUGCGGAUUUUAGACGGAAACAUUAAAUGUGUUGUUCUUCAUGUUCAUUUUCACUUGAAACAGUGGAGGGGAAAAGGAAAAAAAAACACACACACAACAAGACAGUUUAGGAUUUAGUCGGACUUUUUCUUGGGAGAUAAAAACAAAAGUGUUUUGUUUUUUGUUUUUUAUGUGUUCUCCAGGAGCUCAAGAAACUUGUGAAUGUUUUUCCUGGGAAGGUUUGUUUCAUGUCGUCUCUGAGGAUUGAGUUCAUCUUAAUGAAUGAUUGUCGAUUCUGCUGUGCCUGUGCGUUCCUUGUCUGUUUGUAUUUUGCACUCUGAAUUUUUUUGUAAAAAAAAACAACAAAAAUGAAAAAAAAGCAGAAAAAAGAAAAGAUCACUUGCAUAUCUAACGUUUUUUUUUUUUUUCUUAUUUUUUUCAAGCCUCCUGUUUAGCCGUUUAUGUAUGCGUCUGUCACGCGUAGAUCGGAUGUCCGAGCCGAGCGGCGUGCAUGCAGACAGACUGGCGCACGGACACGAUCGGGAAUAUUCGGUGUUUUCCACCUUGGUGGGAGUCAGACUCAUCAAAAAAAGGAAGAGAAGGGGGAGGGAAGGGGGAGCCUGCAUUACUAUGUGUGACACCACCUCUGCUUCCACUAGGUCUGAAUUUUAAAUCAAACGCACCCCCAACGCGCACACACAAGCCACCUUUUUUCUACCAGCAUCCUCUCCUCCUCCACGGCCCCCCCCCCUUCCAUUUUCUCAGAUAUGGCCCUCUUUCAACUCCUCUCAAAAUGUCCCAAUCCUUCCCCACCAACCCCCCACCUCCGGUUCGACACCCCUUUUCCUCUGUUGUCCUUCUGCUUUUCAUUCUCUGUACAAAGUGUUGCAGAUUUAUCAUUUGUAUAUUAUGAUGUAUGGGUACAAUAAUGUUCUUUAUUAUGGAAAAAUGAGAAAAAUUUAUUUUUGUUACCGGUUUGUUUCAUAAUUCCUUUUUUAAAUUGGUAUUGUAAUAUCUCUAUGCAAGGAAACUGUCCGUUAAAUCGUUUUUAUUUAAGAAUGUAAUUAUGUGUAAUAAAUGGUAGAAGCAGUUGG